AUGUCUUCGCCUUCCUCCUCUCUCCGUAAGAGAGGCGGCAAGAAGGAGGCUUCUACGGCGGUCCCAUCGGAUAAUGCCUCGCUGCACCCUGCGGUCGCGGCUGCGCGCCAGCAGUCGGAGUGGGAUUAUUGGCUGGCCAUGAUCGUGCUCACUGUGUUGGCAUUUGCGACUCGUUUCUACCGCAUUGAUUACCCGAACGAGGUUGUCUUUGAUGAGGUUCACUUUGGCAAGUUUGCCUCCUAUUACCUUCAGCGCAUGUACUUCUUCGAUGUGCACCCUCCCUUCGGAAAGCUUCUGUUUGCCUUCAUGGGCUGGUUGAUCGGAUACGAUGGCCACUUCUUCUUCGAGAACAUUGGCGACUCGUACAUCGACAACAAUGUGCCGUACCUUGCUCUCCGCGCAAUGCCCGCUACUCUCGGUGCUCUGACGAUUCCCGUUGUUUUCCUGACCAUGUGGGAGUCUGGAUAUUCGCUCCCAGCCUGUGUGCUGGCAGCUGGUCUGAUGGUGUUUGACAAUGCGCACAUUGGCGAGGACCGCCUGAUCCUCCUGGACUCCACCCUGGUGUUGUCUAUGGCUCUCAGCAUUCUGUGUUAUGUCCGCUUCUACAAGCUGCGCCACCAGCCAUUCGGCCGUAAGUGGUGGAAGUGGCUGCUCCUGACUGGUUUCUGCAUGAGCUGUGUCAUCUCGACCAAGUACGUUGGUUUCUUCACCUUCGUGACCGUCGGUGCUGCCGUUUUGAUCGACCUGUGGAACCUGCUGGAUAUCAACCGGCGCCAGGGUGCUCUUGAUAUGUACACCUGGAUCAAGCACUUUGCCGCUCGUCUGGUCGCCCUCAUUAUCAUCCCCUUCUUCUUCUACCUCUUCUGGUUCCAGGUCCACUUUGCUGUCCUCACCCGGUCCGGCCCUGGUGAUGAGUUCAUGUCCCCAGAGUUCCAGGAGACUCUUAGCGACAAUGCUAUGACCGCUCAAUCCGUCGGUGUGCAGUACUACGAUAGCAUCACUCUGCGCCACAAGGACACCAAGACCCUUCUCCACAGUCACUGGGAGAAGUACCCGCUGCGCUACGAUGAUGGCCGUAUUUCCAGCCAGGGCCAACAGGUGACCGGUUACCCUCACAACGAUACCAACAACUUGUGGCAAAUUAUUCCCACCAAGCCUAUUACCGACGAUGCCAAGAGUGUUCGUAACGGAGAUGUCAUUCAGCUCCUCCACGUCGGCACCAACAGCUACCUUCUCACCCACGAUGUCGCUUCCCCAUACUACCCGACCAACCAGGAAUUCACCACCGUGACUCCCGACCUGGCCGAGGGUGAGCGCCACAAUGAUACUCUGUUUGAGCUCAAGAUCGAGAACGGCAAGCCAGCCCAAGAGUUCCGCACCUUUGCCAGCUUGAUCAAGCUCGUCCACGUUCCUACCCGUGUUGCCAUGUGGACACACACCACUCCUCUCCCCGAGUGGGGCUUCAAGCAGGCCGAAAUCAACGGCAACAAGAACAUCCUGCAGUCCAGCAACUUGUGGUUCGCUGAGACCAUCGAUGGCAUCGCGGCUGAUAGCCCCCGCCUGGUGCGGGAGGAGCGCAAGCCCAAGUCUAUGUCAUUCCUCCGGAAAUACUUUGAACUCCAGGGUGCCAUGUUCCACCACAACAACGCGCUGACUAGCAGCCACCCUUACGCUACCGAGCCCUUCCAGUGGCCGUUCUUGCUGCGUGGUGUGAGCUUCUGGACCAAGAACGAGACCCGCGGCCAGAUCUACUUCCUCGGUAACCCUAUUGGAUGGUGGAUUGCCAGCAGUCUACUGGCUGUGUUUGCCGGUAUUGUUGGUGCCGACCAAUUGUCUCUCCGCCGUGGAGUUGAUGCCUUGGAAGAGAUCUGGGGUCCCGGAGCCCGCUCUCGCCUGUACAACAGCACCGGAUUCUUGUUCCUGUGCUGGGCUGCCCACUACUUCCCCUUCUGGCUGAUGGGCCGCCAGCGCUUCCUGCACCACUACCUGCCAUCUCACCUGGCCUCGACCAUGGUCACGGGUGCGUUGAUUGAAUUCAUCUUCAACCUCCAGCCCCUGGACCCUGCCACCGCGGCGCCACCCGUGGAUGACCCCUCCGGCAAGGCUAAAGCGAACCGCAACCCGGGUCGCUUCGUUACUGCCAAGGAGCGCAUGGGCCGCAGGUCCGUCAUUGCGGGAUGGGUCGCGACGCUGGUCAUUCUGGCGUUUACCAUCUAUGGAUUCGUCUUCUUCGCUCCGUUGACCUACGGCACGCCCGGUCUGGAUGUGGACGGCGUCAAUGCUCGCAAGUGGUUGAACUAUGAUCUCCACUUUGCCAAAUAA